AGGGUUUUGUGCACGAACAGUCUGGUCUGCAGAAGAAGAUUUGUGGAGAGAGAGCAGCUGCCUGCCGGGCAGCAGAAGCGUGAGAAGGAGCGAGCAUGAUCAACUCGAUCUUUGUCAUGUCUCCUACGGGAGAGGUCAUCAUCGAGAAGCAUUACAGGGGAUACAUCAGCAGGACCUGCUGCGAGUUGUUCUGGAAUGAGGUACAGCAGGCAUCGAACCCGUCGGAGGUGAAGCCGGUGAUGGUUACACCCAAGUACUACGUGAUCCACGUGCAGCGAUACGGGAUGUUCUUCAUCGCCGUCGUACAGAGAGAUGUCAUCCCGCUGCUCGUCACUGAGUUCCUUCACCGGGUGGUGGACGUGUUCAGGGACUACUUCAACGAAGUCAGCGAGGAGAGCAUCAAGGAGAACUUCAUCACUGUGUAUCAGAUCAUGGACGAGAUGAUGGACAACGGGAUCCCGAUGACAACCGAACCCAACGUCCUCAAGACGAUGAUCGUCCCUCCCACCAUCCUCGGGCGUGUGGCGACGAGCAUGGGGGUCAGCGACAAGAGCAACCUGAACAGCGACCUGCCCGAGGGCAUGCUGAGCAGCAUCUGGUGGAGGAGGAAGGGAGUCAAGUACACGAACAACGAGAUCUACCUGGACAUCAUCGAGGAGAUCGACUGCAGCAUCGACACCAACGGGCUCAUGGUGACUUGCGACGUGUCGGGGGAGGUCCUGGUGAACUGCAAGUUGUCUGGGAUGCCGGACAUGACUCUGUCCUUCACCAACCCGAGCAUCAUCGACGACGUCAACUUCCAUCCCUGUGUGAGGCUCUCGAGGUACGAGAGGGACCAGGUCAUGUCGUUCGUCCCCCCCGACGGCAAGUUCAAGCUCGCCUCCUACAGCGUCAACACGACUGGGCAGGCUGUCACCCUCCCUCUCUACGUGAAGCCGCAGAUUCACUUCAGCGGCACGUCGGGGCGCGUCAACGUGAUGGUGGGACCCAAGUCGAACCUCGCGGGGAGGACAAUCGAGGACGUUGUGAUCACCAUCCCCUUCACCAAGAACAUCGCCACCAACAACCUCUCUGUGAAUCACGGUACUGCUCACUUCGAUGAUGCUUCCAAGGUCCUACGGUGGGAAAUUGGCAAGGUCCCCAAGGAGAAAAGUCCAUGUCUCAACGGCUCCGUUUCUCUGGUGCCAGGGACUGAGACGCCAGAGAGCGGGCCAACCAUCCUCGUUGACUUCAAGAUUGUGAUGUUCAGCGCUUCUGGCCUCAAGAUCGAUGCACUGACGAUGAGCGGUGAGCGGUACAAGCCGUACAAGGGAGUGAGAUUCGUGACCAAGGCAGGGAGAUUUCAAGUGCGCUCGUGAAGUCUGUGAUGCAGGAGACGAGGAGGAGGAGCCAAUCUUAUGUCAUGAAAAUUAGGAUGAGGAGGGAGAGGAGGGAGAGGUAGAGCGGUGAAGCAGCGAUUUGUAGGAAGAGCAAUGGAAGAGAAAACACGGAAGAGAAGUUGUAGAGGUAGCGGGCAAAUGAGAGGACAUGAAGAUGGACAAGACAACUCCAGGGAUCUUUUGCUCAGUAACUAGAUUGAUCGCAAGUGUAACAAAACAAGAAUCUCCUC